CCUGGGCACUCACCACCAUGCCGCUCGUUGACAACCCCCAGAUCAAGUCCUCGAGCUUGCAUAACCCUCUCCCCCUGCAGCUGCACACGUAUGUCUGGCCGUUCUUAAUCAUCUGGCCCGCCUUCCUCUCCUUCUACCUCUCACCUCAACGAUACGAGAAGCACAUCCAGUCGGAAGAAUGGACAUUCGUCUGGGUCGGAGGUAUCGUCACAGUACAGGCGCUGAUCUGGCUGACUACCCAUUGGAACGUUAAUCUUAAGAGUCUCUUCACGUCAACGGCAGCACGCGAUGUGCGCACCGCGCAACUCAUCAAGGUCAUCCCCGUGGCGAACGCCGGAUCCGCCGAGAUAUGUCCCCUGAAGCGCGACAACGUUGGCGGAAAGCACAACAUCUCUUUCCUCUUCCAGAAGCGCCGCUUCCUCUAUAACCCAGACGAGAAGUCCUUCGCUCCCCUGUCGUACGCCAUCGACGCAGAACCCGCGCCCAAGCUCAACGUCUUCCAACAGACCAAGGGUCUCACGAGCCCCUCCGAAAUCGAGAGACUCCAGCAACACUAUGGGGAUAACAGCUUUGAUAUUCCGGUGCCGACGUUCACAGAGCUGUUCAAGGAGCAUGCGGUCGCCCCGUUCUUUGUGUUUCAGGUCUUCUGCGUGGGCUUGUGGAUGCUGGAUGAUUACUGGUACUACUCGCUCUUUACCCUCUUCAUGUUGGUCGCAUUUGAGAGCACUGUCGUUUGGCAGAGACAGAGGACCCUGAACGAGUUCCGCGGAAUGAGCAUCAAACCCUACCAUUUGCUAGUAUACAGGCAGAAGAAGUGGCAGGAGAUACAGAGCGACAAGCUCUUGCCUGGGGAUGUUGUCAGCGUGGGCCGGACGAAGGAGGACUCUGGUGUCGCAUGUGACAUGCUCUUGAUUGAGGGCUCUGCGAUUGUAAAUGAGGCCAUGUUGUCCGGAGAGAGCACGCCCGUGCUCAAGGACUCGAUUCAGCUAAGACCAGGCGACGCGCAGAUUGAGCCCGAGGCAUUGGACAAACACGCUUUCCUUUUCGGCGGAACCAAGGUUCUCCAGGUCACCCAUGGCACUUCUACCGAGGACGACGUCGAUGCAGUCGCCAGAUUACCCUCUGGACUCCCCCCUCCCCCGGAUAAAGGCGCUGUCGCCGUCGUAAUCAAGACAGGGUUUGAGACCAGCCAAGGCAGCCUCGUGAGGACUAUGAUCUACUCUACAGAGCGAGUCUCCGCCAACAACGUCGAAGCGUUGCUCUUCAUCCUCUUCCUUCUCAUCUUCGCCAUUGCUGCUUCGUGGUAUGUCUGGCAGGAGGGCGUUGCGAGGGACCGAAAGCGAUCGAAGCUCAUGUUGGAUUGUGUCUUGAUUAUUACUAGCGUCGUGCCCCCGGAACUUCCUAUGGAGCUCAGCUUGGCUGUCAACACUAGUCUUGCCGCGCUUAGCCGAUACGCCAUCUUUUGCACUGAACCAUUCCGAAUCCCGUUUGCGGGACGUGUCGACGUUGCCUGUUUUGACAAGACUGGCACGUUGACUGGCGAGGAUUUGGUAGUUGACGGCAUUGCUGGACUUACCCUUGCUAAGACUGGGGCCAAGACAGGACCGGAUGGGGCACAUACCGAGGUCACCGCUGUUGCUGACGUCGGAACAGAAACUACACUGGUCCUUGCUACAGCUCAUGCACUAGUCAAGCUAGACGAAGGAGAGGUAGUCGGUGAGCCUAUGGAGAAGGCCACGAUUACUUCUCUUGGUUGGACUCUUGGCGCGCAUGACACCCUUACACCCAAGCAAGGCUCGCCAAAAUCACAUGCGGACCUUGUUCAGAUCCGACGACGAUUCCAAUUCUCAUCCGCCCUUAAGCGCCAAAGCUCUAUUGCUACGGUAUUGGUUACAGACAAGAAGGCCAGGCGAAAGAUCAAGAGCACCUUCGUGGGUGUCAAAGGUGCCCCUGAGACUAUCCGGACGAUGCUUGUCGAUACCCCAGCAAACUACGAGGAGACAUUCAAGUACUUCACUCGAAACGGUGGCCGUGUGCUUGCCCUUGCCUACAAAUACCUUGCCCAUGACUCCGAGCUUGGAAUGCAUCGCAUCAACGACCUCAAGCGAGAGGCUGUAGAAUGCGAUUUGCAUUUCGCCGGUUUCCUGGUUCUCCAAUGCCCACUUAAGGAUGAUGCUGUUCAGGCUGUUCGCAUGUUAAAUGAGUCUAGCCAUCGUGUUGUUAUGAUCACAGGAGACAAUCCCUUGACGGCCGUCCAUGUAGCCCGACAAGUGGAGAUUGUGGACCGAGACUGUCUUAUCCUUGACGCCCCCGAACAUGAUGAUUCCGGCGAGAAGCUGGUCUGGCGUAGCGUUGAUGACAAAGUCAGCAUUCCUGUGGAUCCAACCAAGGCAUUAGAUGCAGAGGUUCUGAAGACGAAGGAUAUCUGCGUUACCGGCUACGCGCUCACUAAAUUCAAGGACCAGCAAGGGUGGAACCAACUUCUCCGAUACACCUGGGUCUACGCUCGUGUUUCUCCAAAGCAGAAAGAGGAUAUCCUUCUCGGCCUUAAGGACUGUGGUUACACGACCCUCAUGUGCGGAGACGGCACCAACGACGUCGGUGCUCUUAAGCAAGCACAUAUCGGCGUUGCACUUCUCAAUGGUACCCGUGACGACCUCGAGAAGAUCGGAGAACAUUUCCGAAACACCAAGAUGAAAGAAGUCUAUGAGAAACAAUGCCAGUUGAUGGCUAGGUUCAAUCAACCGGCUCCCCCAGUCCCUGUCAUGAUUGCUCAUCUCUACCCUCCCGGUCCCGGAAAUCCACACUAUGAGAAGGCGAUGUUGGCGCAGGCCGAAAAGAAGGGCAUCGCGCCUCCCGCUGCUAAUGGAACUGAUAACGCUUCAAAUGGGACCGCCGCGAAGCAGCCGACCAAGCCUAAAACGGCACAACAAGCUGCUGCUGGCCUGGCUGAUUCCUUGAGCCAAAAGAUGCUGGAAUCAGAGUUAUCUGACCUUGAUAAUGAGCCUCCAACGAUCAAAUUAGGUGACGCAUCGGUUGCUGCUCCCUUUACAUCCAAGUUGGCGAAUGUGAUCGCUAUUCCAAACAUCAUUCGACAAGGACGAUGCACCCUCGUGGCUACCAUCCAGAUGUACAAGAUCCUGGCAUUAAAUUGCUUGAUCUCGGCGUACAGCUUGAGUGUUUUGUACCUCGACGGUAUUAAGUUUGGUGAUGGACAGGUGACAAUUUCGGGCAUGAUGAUGAGUGUUUGCUUUUUGUCCAUAUCCCGUGCAAAGCCCGUCGAACAACUCUCCAAAGAACGGCCCCAACACAAUAUCUUCAACUUCUACAUCAUCGGGUCCGUCCUCGGCCAAUUCGCUAUCCAUAUCGCCACUCUAAUCUACAUCUCCCAAUUCGUCCAACGCAUUGCUCCCAAAGAAGACAACAUUGACCUGGAAAAGGACUUCGAACCCUCGCUCCUCAACUCCGCCAUCUACCUUUUACAACUGAUCCAACAGAUCUCCACCUUCAGCAUCAACUACCAAGGUCGGCCGUUCCGCGAAUCUAUUCGCGAAAACCGAGGAAUGUACUGGGGUCUCGUACUCGUCUCCGGCGUCGCGUUCUCUUGCGCAACAGAAUUCAUUCCCGCGAUUAAUGAGAAGUUGAGGUUAGUACCGUUUUCGAGUAAGUUUAAAAUUACACUUACCACAGUUAUGAUUGUGGAUUAUGUGGGCUGUUGGGUGGUGGAGAAAGGGUUAAAAUGGGCGUUUAGUGACUAUAAACCGAAGGAUAUUGCGAUUAGAAGGGCAGAUCAGUUGGAGAGAGAGGCUGCGAGGAAGAAAGAAGAGGAAGAAGAAGCGCAGAAGAAGAGGAAUGAGGAGGAAGAGAAGAAGGCGCAGGCGGUGGGGGCGAGAGGAUAGAGGAAGCCUGGGUUAGGAGGCUGAUUGCUAUAUUGAGUAUUUCGGCAUUAGGAGGUCAACAAGGUUUGGCGCGAUGGGAUUAGGGGGAAUGGGAUGGGAUUGUAGCAUAGCGUGUCCAUGCUUGCAUGUAAUAGACUGGGUUUUAUUCUUCUCUCUGCAUUAACCCCUUCACCCUACGCUCGCUUUCCUUUCCUUCUAAUUUCUUUAUCUACUUCUUAGACUUCUUUUACUAUACCUUAGCUAUUACCAUCUUAAACUUAAACGCUUUCUGUUAUGCGGUAUAUAGAGGAGGCUGUAGAGUCACUCUCUGGUGCAGACGGAUGUUGGAGAUGAGAUACGUCGUAGACGAUAGACAGGAAUGAAGGGUGGUAGUAAACUACUGAUGAACACAAGAUAAG